CUUUGAUCACGUUGUAACAGGUUGUAACUUGUAACUUGAACCACUUCACGACAAAUCCUUGGUUUACGAUAACGUCCAAAUUGCACGAAUACUUCGGCGACUGAAAAUCGGGGCAGAACUUUAUUGAUUAUGGUAGCCGCUGGCUCGAUAACUGUUGCCGUGCGAGUUCGGCCACCCACAACCUGGGAAGCAGUCCGACUUCCGGAUCCAUGCUAUGAUAGCAGUUUUAGGGGAGACGGCGCCCUUUCUACUGGUACCCCCAAUCGAUCCGUUGCUAACACUGCACCUCUCAGAGAUGUAGUGCAAAUUAUUGACGACCGUAUCCUGACGUUCGACCCGGACGAGAAAGAUAAAGCAAAAGCGUUUAUGGAGCGGGGCUUCAUGCCACCAGGCACGAAACGAUACAAGGAUAGGCGGUUCAUGUUCGACAAGGUCUUCAACCACGAAUCUAAUCAACAGGAUAUAUAUGCGGCAACGGCUCAGCCGCUACUACAGGGAGUCUUGGAUGGCUUCAACGCAACCGUAUUUGCUUAUGGGGCCACCGGGUGUGGUAAAACUCAUACCAUCAGCGGCACAGACACUGACCCUGGGAUUAUAUACUUGGCUAUGGCCGACCUCUUUCAACGCAUCGAAGACCGGAAGGAUGACUACAUUGCAGAAGUUGUUGUCACCUUUCUAGAAAUUUACAACGAAGAGAUUCACGACCUUCUCGCUGAUCCGAGCACAUCCAAACCACGAGGUGGUCUCACUAUACGCGAAGACAAAGUUGUAAAGGUGGCGGGUCUUGUUGAGCUCUCCCCGAAAUCUGCUGAAGAGGUCAAAGAGAUCGUCCUCCAAGGCAAUCUGCGGCGAACACAGAGCCCUACUCAUGCCAACGAAACCAGCUCCCGUUCGCACGCCGUUCUGCAGGUUCAUGUCACGCAGUCCCCUCGAACCGCUUCGUUAUCCGAACAGAAGACCAUGGGCACACUUUCCAUCAUCGAUCUCGCGGGCAGUGAACGCGCCGCUGCUACGACAAACAUGGGCCAGCGUAUGGUUGAAGGUGCCAAUAUCAACAAAUCUCUUCUCGCCUUGGGGAAUUGCAUCAAUGCUCUUUGUGAAAGCGGAGGAGCUAUCCGACACGUUCCUUACCGAAACAGCAAGCUCACACGAUUACUCAAAUUUGCCCUUGGAGGAAACUGUAAGACUGUUAUGAUUGUCUGCGUGGCUCCCACUUCCAAUCAUUUCGACGAUACACACAAUACUCUUAUAUACGCCGAACGAGCUACGAAAAUCAAGACAAAGGUCGUCACACGAAAUGUCGUCAACGUUGAUAGGCACGUCGGGCGCUAUGUCGAAGCCAUCAACCGACUUAACGCGGAAGUCGCCGAGUUGAAGGCCAAACUAGCGGGGAAGAAUAGUACGGAGAACGAAGUAGUGAAGAGAAAGAGGCUAGAGGCAUCCGCAGAAGUUGAACGAGCCAAGAACGAUUUGAAGGUCAAAGUCGAACAAACGAAGGCUUCUAUAGUAGAUGGGGCUGCUUGCUCUGGAAGACUUUCUGUCGCUAAAGCAAAGCUCGGAGCCAUUCGCUCUCGUCUGGCAAAAAUAUCUAUCCUAGAGUCAUCGAGCCCCUCUCCUCUAUCUGCAGAUUUAGAAGCAGAGCGUUCAUUCCUCGAAGCGCUAGCCGGUCCAGAAGAACAAGCACUUCGCACAGACUCCGUUCUGAAUACACGAAUCCACCGUUCAUCAAACGCCAACGCGAUGUUCGAUGCCACCAUGCGCGCCGUAUCGGAGAGGAGGUCUGACAAGUUGGACGAGGUUAGUAUAGAGAAUGUAAAGCUCGACGCAGCGUGCAGGAAGGCGGAGAUGGACAAGCUGAAAGCAGAGGAAGAACGCAACGUGUUAGCAAACGCUGUCGACGAGGUUGCGCAGGUCAUGGUUGGCCUCAUUGGCAUGCUAGGGAGAUGCAAUGCGAUGGUUGGAGAGUCUUCUCGUUUGCUGCAAACGCCUGGGGAUGAUGGUGAUGUACAUGGCGCUACCCAAAAUGUUUCUGCAAUGCUCCUCAAAUUGAAAGAGAAGAACGACGAUGCUUUCCAAAAACUCAUCGGACACUCCACAGAGAACUAUAGCAAUUCCUCGGACAAUUUCAGAGGUUAUGGCAUGUCGUUCACUCGUAGGAUUAGCUCAGGUCCAGCAGCGAUGCAAACAACCACGAAAGCUGGAUCGCGACGAUCAUCUACGCAUGGGGCUUCCUCAUCAUUUUCAUUAUCAUCUCCUGGACGGCAUAAAACUCCUCGAAGGUCUCUGCGUUCCAGUUUGGCAGCACAACCUUACAGGCGGACGUCAGACAAGGAACGACGGGGACUGAAGACUUCAAAAAAUGUACAUUGGAGGGACGAGACCGGCCAAGGAGAUCUCGAUGACAGUGGUUUGAAGACUGUCCCGGCAAUCGCACUUACCGUUAUACCGGCCAGUCCUUUGGUCGAUAACCAGUCUAGUACUUCCUCCACUUCGAGCUUUAAAGCAUCCCCUCAUCGCAGCUCAUCUCUGGGCGGAGGUUCAGAAAGUGAAUGGGAGGAUGACAAUGAAAAAACCGAUGAAAACGUCAGCGUCAAUCUCUCCAUGUCGCUACCUGCAUCCAGCCGCGACUCGAUGUCUUCAAGUUCAGCAGUGCCCCGUUUAUAUGGCUCAUUGGGAAAGCGGCCACGGCCGAACCGCUUGGACCCUAGUUUCCUCAGGUCCAAGCUUAGGACACCUGCAUUAGGCAGUCUAGCAGAGGAUGAUGAGAACACUCAGAACGGGUCUCCGAGACGUACAUCGCAGCCUCUUGGAGAUCGCAGUUUGAAUUCACUAGACAAUGAAUUUAAUAUGAACGAAAGUAGCUCGAAAGCUUACCACGGUAGCCCAAGCAAACGAAUGCCCGCCACUCCGAGGUCGGCGAUGAUGAAGAGCAGGAGACGGUCUAAUCUUGGAGUGAGAAGCGAGAAGUCAAGAAGACGGUCGAGUUUGAUCCCGCAACUAUCUCCUCCUGGCGGAGAGAGCAACAAGCCGAGGAGAAUCAUUCUUGCAAGCCCGGGGAAAAGGCCAAAGCGACUUUCGAUAUCCCGCAACUCUGGUGUGUCGUCCUUCAGAUUGAAGCCAUCCUUGCCCAAUCUACCGCUAGCAGACACCAGUGCGGAUAUCAGCAUGUCCAGGUUGAAGCCGACUUGGAGAUAAAGUUGAGUAUUUAUGUGUGAUGUCGUUCCAUUUUUGUCUACUCUAUGUAUGACCUCCAUGACUUUCGUUGAUUUACGCUAUCCUUCUCAGCCGUCCUUGUACAUUAUUCUGUUUCGUCAUUGACAUUUUAAACAUUAUUUCCAUGUAAAUCUUCGUAUGGCACGUCCUCAUCAUUCGCGAUUGAAUCGUAUAUAC